GGAAAACCAAUGACGUAGAUAUCUUCGAUUGUUCAACAUUGGAAUAUGGGGGCAUGACGGCAUCGAUGAUAGCACUGAUGUCAAACUGCUUUUCAAGGCCAAGCUCCGUCUUAUAGCCUCAGGGGUUGCGUGAUUACCUAGAACAUUCCAAUCCAAGAAUUGUAUUUAACUCCCUCAAGCCACUCCCAGACAGGUGAAUCUAGACUGUACUCCUAAACCUCAAACUUCACCAACCAACGACUAGAACAUAUCAUCAAAUCUAGAAACCAAUCUUCAAAUUUCCUCAUUUUCUUACCACCAUGUCGUCUGCAUCUAACGAAGGUCGUCAGUCCCCUCCCCCUGAGCGCCAGACUGGUGCUCAGCUACAAGACGCACCCGCUUCCGGCCAAGGCACAGAUGAGGCACCAAACAAGAAAGAGUCUAUGGAAGAUCAGCUCAAGAACCUCACAUCGAACCCCAGAGGUCCUCUUGAGGACGCGGUCGAGAGCAAAUUUACCAAAACCCAGAAACCGUCAACCUAAGCAGAUAGGAGUUGGGCUAAGGAUGACGAAGAUGUACAACAGCAAGCAGCGUGAUUUUUAUCUAACUAGUGAGGGAUAUUAGGUACAACACAAUAGGGCACGGUCACCCAGGGACUUCAUGAAUAGACGAAUGAACAAAAAAGAAUACUUUAAG